GCUUCAUUUGAUUUUUGUGCAUCGGGAGGGGAAAGAAGAGUACUCUCCCCUUCAAGGUUGGGGGUUACCUGCUAGAAUUCCACGUUUAAAUUGAUAGAGACUGUGUUUGUCUGACAAAAUGACGAAUAGCAACAAAGAUUAUUACAUCGGCCUUUUGAUUGGUCAGAUUGCCUGUUAGAGAAAACCCCCGCGAAAGGAAGGUAGACACACCAGGGACAAGUAUGUUUCACAACGGCGUAGGCCACUUGCAUAGCAUAUAAUAAACGUAAAUCGCGGUUAAUUUCAAUCCCGCGCGCGUCAGUUUUGCCCCUCCCCCCAAAUCUAACACCUUCAUCCCAAGUAGCUACGUGCGAUAUUUUGUCUGUCCGCCGAAGGCUUCUGGAGAAAGUGACCACAGCGAUAAAUCAGACCUGAUUUGAGAGUAUUGGGUUAAUCAGUGCAAACCAAUUUGCAGUCUGCCAUCUGCAGUUUUCGCCCAUUUUCUUUUACAUUUUAUUUACCGAUAAUAAACGUGUGAUCCAUCUUUAAAAUGGGGGAAAGUGCACUAAUCUCGAAUGACAGCCUGAGCGCCACUGUUAAACAUUUCAAUACAAAAACAUUUUUUUCUUCAGAAGGACAGUCAUCCCCAUCACUUCUUGGCCCAUACACUAGGAGUUCUAGUUCCCUUUCAGACACUCCACAGACUGACACAAAUGCUUCUGGUCAGUUGACCCAUACUUUCAGAGGUUUCAAGCGAAAUGCAGGGACUCCGAGGGUGAGGAGAACACCAAGAGCAUCCAAUGUACAGACCCCUCAGACAGACCACACCACACUAACAACUGGUUCCUCUGCAACGUCAACCAAUGCUGCUUCAGUCAUUGUUGCCGUGGUGGAGGGGCGUGGUUUGGCCAGGGGUGAAAUAGGCAUGGCCAGCAUCAACCUGAAAUGUCCGGAGCUUGUGUUAUCACAGUUUGCAGACACCGGUACCUAUGCAAAGGUGAUAAGCAAACUCCACGUCUUGAUGCCUUUGGAGAUUUUGAUGCCAGACACAGUCAGUGAAAAGGGCAAGGGCACAAAGCUCUAUAACCUAAUCACAGAAAACUUUCAGAGUGUGACUCUCACUACAGUACAGAGAAAAUACUUUAAUGAGAGAAAAGGUUUUGAGUACAUCCAGCAACUUAGUGCUCCAGAAAUCAGCACAGUUUUCAUGGAAGUCCAAACCAAGUAUUACUGCCUAGCUGCAUCGGCUGCCCUUCUUAAGUACUUCGAAUUUGUUCAGAAUUCCAUUUAUGCCCCACGAUCCCUGAAAGUGAGCUUCCAAGGCAGUGAUCAGACAGCUAUGAUAGACUCUGCCUCUGCCAGCAACCUGGAGCUGGUGGUCAACAACAGAGAUCACCGGAGUGAUCAGUGCUUGCUGGGUGUGCUGAACUACACUAAAACUCCAGGAGGUGAGAGAAGACUUCGCUCUAACAUUCUGGAGCCUCUUCUGGAUGUGGAUACCAUCAAUAUCCGCCUAGACACCUUACAGGAAUUCCUGGAAGAGGAGGAGCUAUUUUUUGGUCUGAAAAACGCCAUCUCACAUUUUCUGGAUAUAGAUCAGCUGCUGUCUGUCCUCAUCCAGAUUCCAAAACAGGAGACG